AUGAACAACUAUUUCAUCUAUGGCUCGCUGGAGGAUACGCCGAAAUAUUCGUGUCGCAAUGCUACGCCCGAACCUCGAAAUCCGAAUCUACCGUUGGGAGUCUUCUACAUCGUGACCGGCUUCGUCGUGCAGCUCGCCUAUCUUGCGUCCCUCCUCGGUAUCGGCCGCAAAGAGAACAUACAGUAUCCUGCCUACAAGCUCAUGUUCGCGCUGGCCAUAUUCGAUCUAAUGAAUAUAUUUGAUUGUGGGUAUUGGAUGGGCUACUUUACCAUCUAUGGUUUCCAUUUUUGCGAUAGACCAACGGAGAUUUAUUUAACCGGAUUGUACUGUGAACUUUUCUAUAACUCGGCGUCAUUAACUUCCGUGUCCCUGCUUUUCAAUCGUCUCCUCGAUGUGGCUGAAUGUCGUUAUCGUGAUUUGCUGUUCAAGGGGAAAUCCAUCUACCUCUUCAUUCUGGUUCCCUUUGCUAUCGGUCUCUAUUUCGCUGGGUUUGAGCACCCAGUCGUCUUCAACCCAGACUAUGGUACUUUCAUCUUCGUCCCACUGAUCCCAGGGAAUAUGGACCAUGAGUACAACUUCGACCGUCAAACCUGGCUAAAUAUGUUCGUGUGCGUCUCGCUGGGCACGUUUAGCUGCCUGAUCUAUGUGAUUCAAUGGCGAAAGGAGAAGCUGAUGAGCAUCAAGAUGGGGUCAUACAGGAAGCAGGUGCUUCGUCAAGCCAUCCUCGUGUCUUUCUUCGUCUUCACGAGCUCGCUAAUUUGGACGAUGCUCGUCUUCAUCCCACCCGGAGCAUUUGCUAUGGCCAUGAUGCACAUUGGGCAUAUCUCGUGGAUGUUGAUGCAUAGCACCCCGGCUCUAAUCUACCUGAGCUUCAACGAAACGAUACGUAGCAACGUUCGUCGUCUCAGCAGGAUGGCACCCACUUCCCGAAUCUGCCAUACAAGCACUGGAGGAGCCGGAGGACCAGAGAUCCCAGCUCCAAAUGGUCCCGCAAUGCCCGCA